AUGUCGUUCAUGUCGGACGUGCAGCCUUCCGCGUCGACGUCUGUCCCACUGCACGAUGCCACAGGCACGACUUGGUCUAAGGUGGCUAGACACACGCGUUCGACUAUACGGUUUGCCUCGUUUGACCCUGCCACCGCGUCGGGCGACCAUACGAACGCGUCAGCGUUCAGGAAACUCACGCUAAAUGAGGAACUCUGUCGUCCGAAACGCGUCGUAAUUGAAACCGCGCCGGAUGGACGAAGUACAUGGAGGUUUGUGCCUAAUGCGCGUCGAGAGGAUGGGGUUGAAAAUGAAGGUAUUUGGCCGAGGGUUGUGGAUGUUUGCGGCCAAUUACGGACUUUAACGCAGGAUCAAUGGGACGUAUAUAAGCUUGAUCGGGACUUUGAUUGUCUAGUCCGCCUACCACCUCAAGCUACAACGAUAACUAGGUCAAAUAACGCAAAUACCUAUUCCCCCUCCAAGCCGGCUACAGUGGAGGAAGCUCCUGCGGAAGACAACAUUGCUCGACACAAACGGCGGUUAUCGGAAAGCGCGGUUGCUCGUCGUCUUUCCGGGAGCAAUGACGAAGGUAAGAGGAAGAAGGCUCGCUCAAAAGCUAACGAUCCGUCAUCUUUGUCUUCCGACGAGAGUGACCAAGCUGAAGAAGAGGAGGUCAGCGGGAUGGUCAUCGAUGAUGACGUUUUCUCGUCUCAGACUCCACGAAAGCGCUACCAGACGAGCGAACGAUUGAAGAAGGUCAAGGCAAACAAAGAGGAAGCACGGCGAAAACGACGGGAAUGGAACGCACAGAGGCGACAAAAGAUAGGUCUGAGUCAACUGGAGGAAUACGAAGAGGACGAAAAUAGGAUGUCAUGGACUGAUGUUCCUCUUUCUUCGCCUCCUCGGGCCCAACCAACUGCAUCUCCGUUUCCAAAACGAAAAGUCGAUGCAUUUAGUGAUCUCGGCGAGGCAUUCAGCGACGAAGACUCGGAUAAUCCCAAGCCCACCUUCAAACCGUAUGAGAAAACUAACGCAGCAAAACGUACACGGACUGUCUCCCCCGUCGUUGCUAGACGUGCUGCGGAAAUAAAACGCAACAGGCGAGAAAUGAAUCGGAAAGACGAAUUGGACAGGCGAAACAGAGCACGACAACAGGCCCUGCAUGAGAGUGUGAUGAAAGAGAUUUAUGAAGAAGCUUCGAGGUCUCAACCUACAGCUUCUCAGACUUUCGAGACGUAUGAUGCGUCGCAGUCGUCUCAAUCUCAGUCUUCUCAAUAUUCGUCUCAGUUCUCGUCCCAGUUUUCCUCAGAAUAUUCGUCGCAAUUUACUUCGCAGACCGCCGAGCAGCCCAGCCAAGAAGUUCACGUAGACGAGGAGGAACUUCGUCGACAAGCUACUAUCGAAGAGUCUAGACGCAAACUCGCGGAACUCGAGAAGGACAAGCCCAUAUGGGAGGAAGCAGCUCGAAAACGCGCUGCAAAGGAGGCAGAGGAAGAGCAACGGCGCACCGAAGCUGCAAGGAAAGCUCAUGCAGCCAACGAGACUGCUGCUAGGCAACCAUGGCAGAAGCAGACUGAAAAGGACAAGGCGAGGCAAGAAGCUGCUGAACGGGAGAAGGAGAAAGAAAAAGAGAAGGAAAGAGAAAACGUGAAACGAAAAACUGCAGAAGACGAACGACACGCACGGGAGAAAGCAGCAGACGAUGUCCGCUCGAAACGCAAACACGCACGCGAAGCAGCUCAACGUGAUACUCGUGCAUGGAUCGCAAAAGGCUGGACGGGUCGUCGUGCAUUAGAACGCUACAUAUCAUUAAGCGACACCUUCGACGCAUUAAACUUCUUCAAAGGCGACGUCAUCGUCUUCGAGACCGUCCCUUGGCCCGUCCUCAUGCGUCCCGGUUCAUUCAGCGUAGAAGAUAUCGAUUGGACAGCCGUCGAAACUUUCUUCAGGCAAAUUCGUGUUUACCUCCCAACUCCUGAAUAUAGGAAACUAGUGGAGAAGAGUCAUAAGAGAUUUCAUCCUGAUCGGUGGCGCUCGAGACGCGUGUUGAUUAGUGUGGAGGAUGAGGAGGAGAAGGAGUGCCUUGAGGUUGCUGCGAAUACUGUUGCGCAGGCCUUGACGCCUAUUUGGAAGGAUGUGACUGGGCGAUAGGAGGUAUUUUCCUAUUUGUAUUGUUUUAUGGCCUUAUGGUCUUCGUUGGAUACACGGAUGCACAAACAACUGGAAGGAAUUUGGCUUGUAAUGCUGACAACUAGAGGAGAAAGAUCAAGGAAUUUAUAAUUGUCUGUCUUUUUGUUUUAAAUUGCUUUCUUUAAUGUAUCGCUAUGUACACGCUUUUGAAUGCUUUCUUCCCAUUUGCAUUACUACU